UCUAUCAUCAUCAUAUAAUAAUAACGGUAUCCAAUUUGAAACAUGUGUUGACUAAAGUUACAAGGGCAACAUGGGAAAUAAAUAAAAUCCUAAUAAUGGCUCCAUUUUUAGCUUCCUACUACUAUAAAUAAGCAAUAUUUCUCUUCAUAGAAGCUAAAGUCCCCUAACUAUUACUUUCCUCUCAUUUCACUUACAUUGAUCUCACAUUCUACUUAUGAAACACUAACAACAAAAACCACUACCAAUACAUACACUACUUUUUUAAAUGGUCGACGUGGACCGUAGAAUGACCGGUCUGAACCCGGCUCACUUAGCCGGUCUAAGACGACUAUCCGCCCGAGCCGCUUCUAUAUCCGCCGCUAAAACCACCGUACGCAACGGUCUUCUCUCAUUCUCACCUCUCGCCGAUAAAAUCAUAACAAACCUCCGCAAUUCAGGGAUACAAGUUCAACAAGGUCUCUCCGACGCCGAGUUCGCUCGCACAGAAGCCGAGUUUGCUUUCGUGUUCCCACCAGACCUCCGAGCCGUACUCGCCGCCGGUUUACCCGUCGGCGCCGGGUUUCCUGACUGGCGCGCCGUUGGAUCUCGGCUUCACCUUAGAGCCUCACUGGAACUUCCAAUGGCAGCGAUUUCGUUUCAAAUCGCGAGGAACACUUUGUGGUCCCGGUGUUGGGGCCCAAGGCCCACAGAACCCGAAAAGGCUUUGCGUGUUGCGAGAAACGCUUUGAAGAAAGCGCCACUGUUGAUCCCAAUUUUCAACCAUUGCUACAUUCCUUGUAACCCCUCUCUCGCCGGAAACCCUAUUUUCUUCGUCGACGAGAAUCGAAUCUUCUGUUGUGGAUUUGAUUUAUCAGAUUUUUUCAAAUACGAGUCUCCGUUUCGCAGCUCCGACAUUGCGCGGGGUCCUCUGGUUCUCAAGAAACAAAGAUCCGUCACCGAUAAAAGUAAUAGUAUUAGUUCUGAAAUCAAUUUUACGCGGAGGAGCCUCGACGCCGGCGGGAGGACGCCGAGGUGGGUAGAAUUUUGGAGUGACGCCGCCGUGGAUCGACGGAGGAAAAGCUCGUCGUCGUGUGCAGAGUCGCCGGAGCGUUUUUUUGAUAUUAGGAGAUUUGAGGUGCCGAAAUGGGUGGAGGAUUACGUUGAAAAGAUCGGGUCGGUUUUGAGAAAAGGUGGGUGGAGUGAACCAGAUAUAUCCGAAAUGGUUGAAGUUUCGGGUUCGGGUUUUUUUGAAAGGGAUAUGGUUAUGUUGGAUAGUCAAGCUGUGUUGGAUGCACUUUUAUUGAAAGUGGAUAAGUUUUCGGAUUCGCUUCAGAAAUCUGGGUGGAGCUCCGAAGAGGUUUCGGAUGCUUUAGGAUUUGAUUUUCGACCCGAGAAGAAGGAAAGGAGACCACUUAAGAAACUGUCACCUCAACUGGUUCAUAGCAUUGAGAAACUGGUUGAGUCGGUUUCCCGGUCAUGAGUGAUGGAGUUGCAUUUACUUUCAUUUGUUUUAAUUAUUAUAUUAUUAUUAUUCUCAGUUA